AUGUCUUCGCGCUCGCCACGCGAUCUGGUGGCCGCGUGCAUGGACCACAUCGCGCUUGAAGGAAGCUCUGGAUUGUCUGUAGCUUCUUUAUUCUCCAGCGUGGAGUCGAGUGACGACGUGUUUGUGCGCCGGCAGGUGUGGCGGCGACUGCGCUCGAGUCACGGCGUCUUGCACUUCUUCCGAGGCUCCGCGACCUCCAUUCAGAAGCUCAGCAAGAAGCGCAAACGACCUGGACCCACUGAUAAUGAAGAUAACCUAGUAGAGAUCAAACGCGAGAUGCUGCAAGCUGCUGGAGUUCUUGCGGUAGAUGACACGACUGCGCUGACGACCGAGGAAAUGGCGUUGCUCACGUACGAAGAGGCAGUGGCGGAGCAACAGGAACAAGACAAACAGGUGAUGGUGGCAGCAUGCGAAGAACUACGCCAUCGAGCGCUCAAUAUCCCGGUGAAGGCUAUCGCCGCGGACCUCGGAGCGGAACAUCUCGUUAUCCUCGAGGCAGUGGGUCGCGCGCGCGUGCAGGGAGUGACAGUGACGACUCUGACCAGUUUGUUGAGUGGUGGAACCGUUAAGAGGCUGCACAAUUGUCUGGAUACGCUCAUUUCGAACGGACUGGUGGUCAAGCGGAUGAUGAUCGUGGCUCGGCCAGCGAUGAGGCGCCUGAACAUCAUCCACCUGCCACGGUUCGCUGCAGAGUUCAGACCGCAAAUGUUUGACGAGUCUGCGGAUUUUGAAUCGGACGAGCAGAGCAGGAAGAUUUUAUGUGCUGCAGCAGAGAAGUAUUUGAAAGGACUACCGACUCACUCGUCAGUUCUGUCGGAUCUCGGACGCGAUCUUAGCUUGCAGAAGCGCCAUCUGGAGGUGCUUCGCUCUCAUGUUAUGCAGGAGUGUAAGGCGGACGAGAACUUUCCGCUGGAAUUGUUUCAGGCAGUUUUGCAGCCGUCGCGACGUGCCAGUCUUGAGCCUAAGAUUCUAAAUUGUGUGCGGUAUAAACCGCCCAACACCCGCAAAACUCGGCUUAAGGUGGAACGACAAUACACAGUUCGGGCGAAUAAGGCAUUGAAAGUGGCUCUUGGUGGGGCAGAAGUGGAUGGUACGAGUGCUCGACGUCGUGAACAUAUUUUAGAGCGACUUGAGGACGAAAAGAUCAUUAGUCUGUCGUCGCUGCGUGACAGCGUUUUUAGUAUGGAGAAGCAGCGCGCAGAUGGCGAAACCACGACUUACACCAAUGUGAAUUGCUUGAUGUCGCCUGUCGCAGUGGGGAAAGUGGACACGCGGUCGAUUUUCCGCAUUGCAACUGAACUGGAAGGCUCCAGGAAGUUGCGGUUAUUGCAGCUUCCGUUGCCUGCACGUAAUGUUUCAACCAAGUUCCGUGCGCUCCGCUGUGUGGUCGCACCUGGGUAUGAGCACAACGACGUUUUCAUUCAAGGAUUUGUCAAAAACUACUGUCGCGAUGAACGCUUGCGGCGUAUUCAUCGUAAUGCUGAUCAGAGCGAAGUGGUUCGUUUUCACAAAAUUGAGGCUGAGAAUAAUGAAAAAGUGGAGCACGGAUCAGCUCGAAAGAGGCCGCGAACGGAGUCAAAGAAAGGUAGCGCAAACGCUAAUGAGACCAAGAACUUGAUAUCGGCUUCAGAUGGCGUACCGGUUACUAAUAUCGAAACAAUCCGCCAUGCUUCUGACAUCGAGGCAGAGGUAAGCGUUCCAGCUUUGCCCCAACGAAACGAAAUUAGCUACAAGAUUCGACGCUUUGUGAGCCAACAGAAAUCGGGAAUUCACAACCAGCAAUUCAGGAAACUCGGAUUCGCUUAUGGCGUCAUGUAUCGAUGUAAAAUUCUACAUCGCUUUUUGUGGAAUGCUCUGCAUGCAAACGGGUCGAACCUCCAGCUGCCUGGUGAUGGAAAUGACGUAUCGAUUCAGAGCUUGAACGAAGACGAUAGAGGCGAACGCUCUGCUUCGGGAAGCCAAGCUACACCACUACCAGGAAUUGUGUUUUCGCGCGAAUCAGUGUUGCACUCGAUGCCUGUGUACUUAUACAUUCAAAUCUUCUCGGGUGGAGGAAUUUUGACAGACGCUGAGUUUGCUGUUGUUGAGGAAGCCGUUGCACACCAGCGCACGUUCGACGCAAUGCCGGAGACACUCCGCGAAAAGAUUUGGUGUCACGAAUCUCAGCGUACAUCAAAAGUUUUGGGCACUCUCGCAGAUUUAGGAUUGGUUCAACCACACAAGAUCGGAAUGAAACACCUGGUAAAAAUCCUCCGAGCUGGGUACACAGAUGGGCGAGACGGUGUGCUUUCAAGAGCGCUGAAGGACAACGCUCUUGGCGGACUUUUUCGCUUUAACAAGCAGGUCAGAAUUUCUCUAAACGACUGCGGCACUAACGACGACCUCCAAACUGGUACAGAACGCCGUGGUGUGAAUGAACUCGACUCGAUCCGUAUUGUCGGAUUUACGGAGAAGACGUACAGCUUCUCUAACGCGCUACCGCUCCAGUUUUCGUUCGAAUCGGUAUGCGAUGUUGAUCGCUACUGGGAGGCUCUUGAGUGUCUUUGUCUGGAACAAAUGGCAAUGGAAGUGGAAACCCCAAGACGAAAUGAACCAGCUGUUUGUGAAGUACCUAAGCCCGUUAAGACACGAGCUCGACGCAUGCUUCGCAUCCUCGCGUGGAUUCCGAAAUCGCGGAAACCAGUAGCGAAAGAUAAACGUGAGGACGGAGCUGACGGACUCACCGCCCCGCAGUUUAAAAGCAGUGGUAUUGUGUCAUCUAAUAUCCGACCUCGCAAAAGGCGACGGGCUCAGCCUGGUGGUGAUGACAUCGAUGGAGUCAAACGGAAGCAUAGGAAGAAGCACCCAGACAACUUGGAUGAGGAUCAGUCAAACGUUGGAGCACUCACCUGGACGGACGAGCACGAACAGCUUUUAGUGGAAUACUUUAUUGACAACUGCAAAAGCCGGUGGAGAAUUACUAUACCUCAAGGCUUGCAACGUGAGAAUGAGCAAAUCGCUUUCCGAAAUCACACGAUUUCUCGAACAGGUUUCGGUCUGGUGGCAAUUGCACGGAAACUGGGCAAAAGGAAGAUUGACGUGAAGAAACGUUUAAAAGAAAAACUCAUGGAGCCUGUGGUAAAGCUGCUGUUCGAAAGCGCAAAGCGGGAAGCAGAGCUGGCUGAGAACGUUGGCGGUUUAUUUGACGAAGAAAUGGCAAUACAAGGAUCGACUAGACUUACAGCACUCUUUCGACGCGCAGUGAUGAUGAUCGUGUCACCUCGAGAAGACUACCACCCCCUUGUUGCUGAGGAGCUGAUCUCGUUCUGGACUCCACACGAGAUUCGUCUGGUUUGGCGAUAUCUUUGGUUAAAGAACUGGAUUGUUCGCGCAUCGGAGAAGGAAAGGGGGCGCGGAUAUUCCACCAGCAAGAGACUACAGGACUCACUGAAGGUAAACACGUUGUCAUACCCGUUGCUGUUAUUUCAGCAGGCUGCGGAGCAGGAGAGUAUGGUCAGCUCCACACUAGAGGAAAUUGCAGGGGACUCGAAUGAUGUAAGGCAGAGUGAUCAACUCUUUGAGGAUGAUUUCCCAACGAAUGCUACGCCCGGCCAGUGCGCACUCGAAUUGGGAUGUCAAGUGCUUCGAACGUGCUCGUUAGCAGCAACGCAUUCCUCGGCUUUUGAUACGGACAAGGGGAUAGCGGAUGCUCUAGCGACUCAGCAGACGAACGGCAAGAGGCUCCCUAGUUCAACUAAACGGGAAAGUCUCUUAACAUGCAAGAGCCUGAAGGACAGAUCUGGAUUUGCUGCGCACUUGGCCAACAAAGUGAAUGUCGCAAGGGCGUCCGAUCUCAUUGACAGUUGGCGAGUGGAGACCAAGAUGCACGCUGUGAGUGUGGAGAACGCAGAUCUGCUGAGCAUUUGUGAGGCGUUUUCUCAGGUAGAGACUGGUUACAAAAGUGCGCUGGACGAAGUCGCGUCUCGUCCGUUGCGAUAUCGCAAGGAAUCAGAUGAAGCGCUGGGUCAAGCUGUCAUUGCUCAUGUGCGUGAGAGCGGGGAGGAAGGCCUGACAUUGUCAUUUCUGACGGAAAAGGUAUGCUCAAAAAGCGAUAGUGAGAUGCGAGUGGGUAUAGCACGCUGUCUGGACGCACUUGUUGACCAGGGCGAGCUCAUUUGCGUUAAUGCGUACAAGGAUCAGCGCUACAUUGUGAAGGAACAUGGAGACGUGUGGAUGCUGCGGCCGUUCUCGCUGGUGCCGAGCUCGACUCCAUUGUCGACACCUCAUGUUGUCUUCGAAGGGGAGAAGGACACACUGUCAUUCCCAUGGCUCAAGAUGGACGGUGGAACAAAUUACAAGUUUCUCUUCUCGAUCCAGCGCAAGUUGCUAGCGCUGAUACUCCAGGCCCCAGGUAUCACCGAAAAGCGUGCUCACACCAAUUUGAACAAACUGCUGUCGUUGCAGGAUACCCGUGAGGCAAUGUCGUUGCUUGUGGACGAAGGACUUGUGUACGCUCGGGCCACCACCCAUCCUGCUGCUGCUCAAGCCAGAAAUUUGUUCGGAUCAUCCUUGACGCAGCCUUCGGUUCCUAAGGUUGUGAAGUUUGCGGGUCGUGUGCUGGCUUACGAUCGCUCAGUGUUUGAAGUGCACUAUUUCCCACACGUCCAGUGCAUUCAGCGAUUCGGAAGUAUCGUGCAGGAUUACCAAAACGAAGUGUUUCAAAACGAUUGA